CUCUCUCUCUCUCUCUCUCUCUCUUGCUAACAUAUCAUCGCUUCAUUAGAUUACCACUAGCACACAUGAGUAUCAUAAUGAUUUAUUUGAGAAAGAAAAUAUUUCCUAUCAUAAUUAGAACAGUGUGUGUGUGUGUGUGUGUGUGUGUGUGUGUGUGUGUGUGUGUGUGUGUGUGUGUGUGUGAAGAUGGCGUACUGGGCUACGCAUUUCCAUAGGAGUGAUGGGGAGGAGACUUCCCUCAAGCACAUGCAAAGCAUGCGGAAUGAUAUUACCGAAAUACAAUCAGUUGUGGGGAACGAUGACACCGAAAACACCUUGGUUCAUGAUGUGGAGAAACUGAAAGAGGUGAAAGCCGAUGAGAGCAAAGUGGAAGAUGUGGAAAACAGAUCUACGCGCUACACAGAUCAAGCCAUAGCAGCUGAUGAGCUGCACGUGAAAACAGAUGGAUCCGUGUCCAUGGAUGCUAACCUCAACAUGAACGAGCAUUCCAUCUGUAAUUUGGCGUACGAUGAUAGUUCUUUGACAUGUGCUGUCCCUGCCGGUUGGGUCAAGAAUGAAAUCCAACAAGCAUCAUCGAGAUUGCAAACUGGUAUGGACACUGUGCGCAAGAUGAAAGGACCUCGUGGUGAUCGGGGAUUGGGAUGGCUUAGCGGAGGUGGCAUGCCACUGAACUCUGUAGGGAGAAAUGGUGACUUCUAUCUCGAUGCAACCACGCUCAUCGUGUACAAAAAAUUCAGCUCGAAAUGGAUGGCGUUUGGUCGGCUUCAUGGAUCAAGAGGUGAAGCUGGUCCACGUGGAGAACGUGGAUUGAUCGGUCCUGAAGGUGAGACUGGACCUAGAGGAGCUGAUGGGCAAGGUGGUGAACGCGGUCAAAAAGGUGAUCAAGGAAUACCUGGUCCAGAAGGUCCCAGAGGUGAAGUUGGACCACGUGGUGAACGUGGAUUGGUCGGGCCUGAAGGUGAGAUUGGACCUAGAGGAGAAGAUGGGCAAGACGGCCCACAAGGUGAACGUGGUGUGCAAGGUGAUCAAGGAACCACAGGUCCCAUGGGUCCCCAAGGAACCAUCGGUCCAACCGGUCCUCCAGGAAACAGAGGUCCCGUGGGUCUCCAAGGAAUCAUCGGCCCCAUAGGUCCUCAAGGAACCAGAGGCCCCAUGGGUCCGCAAUCAAAUCAGAACCUAUCCGAUCCGUUUCAUCUACUACCUCUCAUUCGGAGAAACGCCUACCUC